UUCAGUUGUGGGCAGCCCAGUGUCCAUAGCAACGUCCCUCCUGGUGCUGUGCCACUGAGGGCAGCUGGGUGCUGGGGAUGCUUCACACCCAGUGCUGCUGCCACUGAGUCUGACAGCACAGCGACGAGGCACAGCCCACAGGCACCUCUUGAGUACCCAACUGCGUUACUGAGGGACCCGGACCCAAAGAGCGGUGACCAUGGAGCUCGUUGGCUCACCCUUAUCGGCAGUUCACUCCCAUGUGCGACCAGCCCCCACCAACCUCCUGCCUGCCAUCAGCACCAUGGCUUCCAGCUACAAGAACCGUUUCCCCUACUACCCCUUAUCCCAGCCACUCAGCCUGCCCUGGCUGCCCAACUCCUACUACAGGACGGCUACCAACCACCCCAUGUUGGCUCCAUUCUCCAGCGGCUCCCACGGGCUGCCCCCCAGCAAGAUGCUCCCGUUCGUGUCCAACAGGACAUCCCUUUUCACCCGCUACACCCCGGACGACUGGUACCGCUCCAACCUGACCAACUACAGGGAGUCAGAGACCUCACGGAACAACUCGGAGAACCUCAGGGUUGACACCUCCCGCCUGAUCCACGACAAGUACCAGCAGACGAAGAAAACCCAAAUGGAGAGCACCAAGAACCUGGGAGAACGGGUCAAUGACAUUGAGUUCUGGAAGUCAGAGCUCUGCCAUGAGCUGGAUGAGAUGAUUGGGGAGACCAAUGCACUCACGGACAUGAAGAAGCGACUGGAAAGAGCCUUGGCAGAGACAGAGGCCCCUCUGCAGGUUGCUCAGGAAUGCUUACUUCACCGGGAGAAGAGGAUGGGCAUUGACCUAGUCCAUGACAAUGUGGAGAAACAGCUCUUCAAGGAGGUGGAUGUGAUCAGAUCAUGCCAGGAGAGGAUGCAGCGCUACCUGGACAGAGCCAGAGCCCAGCUUGCGUCCAACAGAGCAGCCCAGCACGAGGUGGAGAAGGACCUGGCUGACAAGCAGACAGCCCGCCGCAUUGAUGGCAAGUGCCACCACCUGCGGAACACCUCCGAUGGCAUCAGCUACUUCCGCGGCGUGGAGCGGGUGGAUGCCACCAUCUCAGUGCCGGAAUCGUGGGCCAAGUUCACGGAUGACAACAUCCUGCGCUCCCAAAGCGAGCGGGCGGCCUCAGCCAAGCUGCGGGAGGACAUUGAGAACCUGCUGGUGGUGUCUGCCAAUGAGAUGUGGAACCAGUUCAACGCCGUCAAUGUCGCCUUCACCAACCGCAUCGCCGAGACUACCGACGCCAAGAACAAGAUCCAGACCCACCUGGCCAAGACACUGCAGGAAAUCUUCCAGACUGAGAUGAGCAUAGAAAACAUCCGUAAAGCCAUCAGGGACAAAGUGCCUCCACUGAAAGUGGCUCAAACCCGGCUGGAUGAGCGCACACGGAGACCCAAUGUGGAGCUGUGUCGGGACAGCACUCAACUGCGCCUUGUCAACGAGGUCCAUGAGCUUGAUGAGACCAUCCAGAGCCUGCAGCAGCGGCUGAGGGAUGCUGAGGAAACACUGCAGAUACUGGCACGGGCCAAGGCUGUCCUGGAGCACGACCUGGCUGUCAAAGCCAACUCCCUCUUCAUUGACCAGGAGAAGUGCAUGGGGAUGCGCAAGACCUUCCCCUGCACUGCACGGCUGGUGGGCUACAUUUAAGCUGGGAGCUGCCCCAAAACUUCUGUUGUUGAUGUUCUCAGCUUUGCCAGGAUGAAAAGUCCCGAGUAGAAAUUAAACGUUCUCUUUGUGUAUUA